UACCAACUGUAAUAAAUGAGUCUGUGGGCUGCUGGCCUCUGGCCUGCUUUCAUCCAACUCCUGGGGUAUGUGUGGGUGACUCCACACCUCUUGGCCCUACCACACUCCUCCUCUCAGAACAAAUCAACCUCGACACUAUACAAACCGUUUCUUGUUGCGUAUGUGAAGCCCUGCUUCUCCAGAACUAGAGUGGUAUUAAAGAUAAUAAAACAUUAUCAAGAAGAAGGUCAAGGAACUGAGGUUGUUCAAGGAGUGCUUUUAGGACUGGUUGUAGAAGAUCGGCUUGAAAUCACCAACUGCUUUCCUUUCCCCCAGCACACGGAGGAUGAUGCCGACUUUGAUGAAGUCCAGUAUCAGAUGGAAAUGAUGCGGAGCCUUCGCCAUGUAAACAUUGAUCACCUCCACGUGGGCUGGUACCAGUCCACAUACUAUGGUUCAUUCGUCACCCGGGCUCUCCUGGAUUCUCAGUUCAGUUACCAGCAUGCCAUUGAAGAAUCUGUUGUUCUCAUUUACGAUCCCAUAAAAACUGCCCAAGGGUCCCUGUCACUAAAGGCAUACAGACUGACUCCCAAGCUGAUGGAAGUUUGUAAAGAGAAGGAUUUUUCCCCUGAAGCAUUGAAAAAGGCAAAUAUCACCUUUGAGCACAUGUUUGAAGAAGUGCCGAUUGUAAUUAAAAAUUCACAUCUGAUCAAUGUCCUAAUGUGGGAGCUUGAGAAGAAAUCGGCUGUAGCAGACAAACAUGAACUGCUCAGUCUUGCCAGCAGCAAUCACUUGGGAAAAAAUCUACAGUUGCUGAUGGACAGAGUGGAUGAAAUGAGCCAAGAUAUAGUUAAAUAUAACACAUACAUGAGGAAUACAAGUAAACAGCAGCAGCAGAAACAUCAGUAUCAGCAGCGUCGGCAGCAGGAGAAUAUGCAGCGCCAGAGUCGAGGAGAACCCCCACUCCCAGAGGAAGACCUGUCCAAGCUCUUCAAACCACCCCAGCCACCUGCCAGGAUGGACUCCCUGCUCAUUGCAGGCCAAAUUAAUACUUACUGCCAGAACAUCAAGGAGUUUACUGCCCAGAACUUGGGCAAACUCUUCAUGGCCCAGGCUCUUCAAGAAUACAACAACUAAGAGAAGGAAGUUUCCAGAAAAGGAGUUAACAUGGACUCUUCAGCAACUCUUAGAAGAAGUCUAUUUGUAUUUUCUGAAGCACAGAGAAUUCCUUUAAUGUUAUUGCUGUCUUUGUAACCAAUAAUAAAAUAAAACAAAAUCUUGA